AAGAGAACUGCAACAAAAACAUAAUAUUCAAAAUUCAUAUAUCCAUGGAAUCAGAGACGUGGUUCUCCCAUUUCCUCAUCCCUCUCGCGCUUCUCAUUUUUGCUCUUCUCGUCGUCAUUUCCAAACUCAGAAAAGUAAGCCACAAAAACCUUCCACCAAGCCCACCUUCCUUUCCGGUCAUCGGUCACCUCCAUCUUCUCCGAAACCCAUUCCACCGAGUGCUACACAAUCUCUCCGAUAAGUACGGCCCAAUUUUAUCCCUUACAAUCGGUUCCCGGCCGGUGGUGGUUAUAACCUCCCCCACCGCCGUCCAGGAGUGCUUCACCAAAAACGACGUCGUUUUCGCCAACCGCCCUCGCCUGCUCUCGGGCAAGUACAUCAACUACAACUACACGGCGGUGGGAUUCGCCCCCUACGGCCCGCACUGGCGCAACAUGCGCCGCCUCGCCACCACCGAGCUACUCUCCAACCACCGCCUCAACACAUUUCUCAACGUCCGAGUGCAGGAGCUCAAGUUGUGGGUCAAAAAUUUGUACCGAUAUUUAGUAAGCAACGACGAGAGUGAUAAUAAUUUUGUUAGAGUGGAGAUGAAGUCGAGACUGAACGAUCUGUCGUUCAACACGCUGAUGAGGAUGGUGAGUGGGAAACGGUAUUACGGUGAUGAGGUGGAGGACGUUGAGGAGGCGAGGGAGUUCAGGGAGAUCAUGAAGGAGCUUCUUCGGCUGAGUGGGGCGUCGAAUCCAGCGGAUUUUUUGCCAGUUUUAAGGGUGUUUGAUUAUCAGGGGCUUGAAAAGAGGAUGCUGAAAGCGAAUCAGCGAUCAGAUUCGUUCUUACAACGUCUGAUUGAUAGGCAACGGGAAAGGAGAAGUUGGCGCCGCCAGGACGAAGAUCAUGGAAAGAACAUGAUUGAUGGUCUGCUGUCGUUGCAAGAAUCGGAACCUCAGUAUUACUCCGAUGAUAUUAUCAAGGGUCAUGUUUUGACCAUACUAGCGGCUGGAACUGACACAACAACGGGAACAAUCGAAUGGGCGAUGUCGCUACUGCUGAACCAUCCAGCGGUGAUGAAGAAGGCGUGGACCGAGAUAAGCGAGUGCGUGGGCGAGCAUCGGCUGGUGGAGGAGGCGGAUCUCAACAAAAUCGAACCAGUGGGUGCCGUUUGGGGUGGGGAGGAGAGCGUGCCCAGGAGCUGCGCUCGCCCACCGGGUCGUCGGACUCACGUUGGCCACUCUGAUUCAGUGCUUCCAUUGGGAGAGGCUCGGUGA